AUGCGAUCAACAACGUGCAGUGGUGUGUCGUUCAAAUUCGACACGCCCACUGGUGGUAGUGCAAGCUAUUUUCCGCUAAGCUCACUGUGGUGCCUUGUUUGGAUUUGUCUAGAUGUGCUCUUUUGUACGGCCAGCAUAAUGCAUUUGUGUACCAUUUCAGUAGAUCGGUUCUUUUCGUUGGCCUUUCCUAUGCGAUUUGGUCGCAACAAGACUACUAAGCGUGUCAUUUUGAAAAUCGCUUUCGUUUGGUUCCUAUCGUUAUCGACGAGUUUGCCGCUAUGCUUGAUGUACAUAAAGAAUCACGAUUCAGUGCUGAUUAACGGCACAUGUCAGAUACCGGAUCCUGUUUACAAAUUGGUCGGAUCGAUUAUUUGUUUUUAUAUACCGUUAUUUGUUAUGUUACUCACAUAUUGUCUUACAAUACGUCUAUUGGCGAAGAAAAGCCAUAACCUGGAUGGAAUGUGUCAGCCUCAGCCACCGGGUUGGGCGAGUAUUUGGCUGGGCCAAAGUAGCGCUUUUGAGCGUCGUCGCACCUGGCGUCAACUUUUACGCCCGCACUCCAGCACAGUGACACAGGCGCAGUCGGCCAACUCCACCGAUACGGAGCUCUCGACGCUGGACACUCAUGAGCUGUGGCUAACCGAAUCCAAUACUCCAAAGCAUAGAACCACCACUGUGACGGCGCUACAACAAUUCGGCGCCGAAAUGUUAAAAUUGUCGCGUGGCUUAGAGUCAGUGGCAUCCUCGUCGACCACCUGCUCGCCAACAAAAUCGGAAUUUUCAUCAUCAAAUCACUUCGCCGGCAAUAGUCCGCAGCAUUACGCGGUGAACAAGCAAGCAGCCAAUCAACAGCACCAGCAUCAACACCAGCACCUGCACCACCAUCACCAUCACCAUCACCACCAACAGCAGCAGCAACAACAACAACAUCUGAGUGGAGAACAUCAACAAAUACCCACAGCAGCGCUGGCGGCUGCCACAACCGAUAGUACAUCGUUGCUGCUGCGUUCGAGCAGUUUGAGGCGUAGUGCGCGGCGUGGACGCAAAAGAUCACUUUCGCCGUCCUGCAAAUCGCAGCACACAAUGGUACACUGCAAGAAUCGUCGACGCUAUUCGACAGCAACGCAGGGCACACGAGAGCCACGGCCCGAUACGCCACCGCCACAACGGCGCAAUCGUUUCAAUAGCCUGCCCAAAAAUGCGCUGCUCUUUCUCUCCUGUCAAGGCAGUCAAGCUAGUUGCAGCAACGACGGUGAUGCGUCGCAAGCGAAAGGCCACUCCGACUCAGAAGUGGAGCAGGCCAACAAAUCGCAGUAUAAAAGCGCCAACGAAAAAGAGAUAGAGCUACCGCCAGUGUGCACGUGUCCAUACUUCGGUGAUCGACCGUUGCAGAAUUGUCUCAAACCUGCGGAAGUGAAAAUUGUGCCCACCACAUUUACGGUAACUAACGCAAUGGAAAUUGAGAAUCUACUCAAUCCGACUGAAGAAGAGCUAAGCAGCAUUUUGGUUACGUCCAAUGCCAAUGGCAAUGGUACCGUCUCACGCCUUAGUCCCAACUCGGCGGCGCAAAUGAACGCCAACAAUAUGGGUAGUUCACUUACGGUACACUCCAGCGAUGGCAGUGCGUCAGGUUACCUUAGCGCUGCGCCGCCUCCUGGCACUCCCUGCCCGGGAAGACGUAAGCUCAGCAUUUCAAAGACUGCUUCUGUGGUGACGUGGGAUGCGAGUCGACACCGGCGACGCGGUUCCAGUUUUGGCAGCACACGCACCACGCUACUACUCACGCCCACUAAAACCGGCCCGGUAGUCACCUCGUCUUCAUCUGCAACACCGCUGCAACGUUCCGCCACGCUGCGCAGUCACAACAACAUGAACUAUCAACACGCUACGGCUACGUCCAGCGAUGGCACGACCACCAUCAUUGAUUUGAGUCGAUUGCGUCCACAAUUUCGCACGCCACAAUCUUCGCCUUGUCUGCUGCAACGCAACCAGACGGUACGCUCACAUCAUUCGCGCAACUCAAGCGUAAUUUCACGUAACUCAAGUCGUCAUGGGCGCAUCAUCAAACUCGAACAGAAGGCGACCAAAGUGCUAGGUGUGGUAUUCUUCACUUUCGUAAUACUAUGGUCGCCAUUCUUUGUGAUCAAUCUGCUGCCCACGAUAUGUGGCGACUGUGAAAAUCGCCUAGCACACUGGGUAUUCGACGUGGUUACAUGGCUAGGCUACGCCUCAUCAAUGGUUAAUCCCAUAUUCUACACCACAUUCAACGAAAUCUUUCGCCAGGCAUUCAAAAAGGUGCUACUAUGCAAAUUCUCUUCUUCGUCGCAUCGUAGCCAGAACAUGUAG